AUGCUGAUGGCCUCUGACCCACGGAGGCAGUUUGUGGAGGAGGUGGCGGUGGACUUCGCCCGGCGACACCCCGAUGUCGUCCUCUAUAUCAGCCCUCACUCCAGCCAGGCCCCGCAGCUGCUGGCCGAGUACCUGAACGGGACAGUGCGGGAGGAGCUCAUCGCCAAUAAGACGAGCGAGGAGAUCACGCAAUUGGCCACCAAGCUGGCUGGCCAGUCUGGCCUGGACAUCAUCCGCAUCCGCAAGCCCUUCCACACCGACAACCCCAGCAUCCAGGGCCAGUGGCACCCCCUCACCAACAAACCCUCUGCCCUCACCGUCCAGGGCCCACGCCUGCGCCCCCAAUAAAGCCUCUGUCUCCAUUUCCUCCUGCCAUCCCACGCCUGCAGAGAGACGCUGCCACACCACGUCCAGACAGAGCCGCGUUUAUUGCCAGGGGGCACAUGGGGCUGAGCGCAAGGGGGCCAGGCACAGAGGGCGAUGUCCCUCCUUGGGAGAAGGGUGUGCUUGGGGGUGGCUCAUCCCCCCCCUUGCAGUAAAAACAAGGGUGGGGGCAGGAUGGGAGAGCCUAGGCAUCUGGCUCUUGCCUUUUCCCACUAAGCCUUGCUCUUCUGGGGAGCAGGGUCUGGGCUCCAGCCCAUUAUGGAUCCCCCCUCCUCCUUCUGCCCCCCCCACAGGGCUGAGCUCUGGGCAAUGUCCUGAUCCUGGAGGUGCUGGCAAGGAACACAGAGGGGAGGACACCUCCCCAGCAAGUCUGUUCCUCCCCGUCUUCUCUGGUGUCACGUCCCUGUCCCCGGGAUGUGAGACACUCUUGUCACCCCAGUCCCUUGGGUUCCCCCAGGAAGCGGCAGGAGCAGAGGUAGAUGGGGGGGGUUUAGGAACAGUGGCUGCUCCCAGAAAGUGCCAUGAAGAGCAGGAGGCUGCAGAGGGAGGCAGGCCCUGGUCCAGGGCUCCUGCUCCUCGCUGUGCGAGGAUGUUUCUCCCCCCAGAUGUUGUCCCACAGGGGACAGGGCUGCGCCUGAACCCCAGUUCUCCAACGGCACCAUGCAAGAGGGCAGAAAUACAUGGUGCCCAGGGCCGCGGGGGCACUGUGGACGUCGGAGGGAUGUGGGUGCUGCGCUGGUCCCUCGCCACGCUGCAGGGCACAGCGGCGGCUGCCGGUGCAUCUCGCUGCCUGCUGCUGCCUCCUGCUCUUCCCCUGCAGUGCCCUGGGGAGAGGGGGCAGAGCCCUGUCAGGGUCGCAGGCCCUGGGGGUUGCCACCUCCCCAGGGCACCCAGUCCUGAAGGUCACCUGGGGCCUCCUUGACGAGGGCAUGUGCCGCUCCACCAGCUGCUCCGGGGUGUUCGGGAAUGUGGGCUUCUUGCCUCAGCUCCGUCCCUCGCUGAAUCAUCCUCUCCCUGAGAGGAAACCCUGAGGGAGGAGACAUAGGGGAGUGGGCAGGGGCUGGCAGCCACUGAAGCCACUCCCCGCAACGCGAGAUGUGUCUACAGCCCCUCUCCUGCCCCGAAGCCCCCAGCUCUCUCCCUGCUCCUCACCCACCUCUCAGCAGCUGUCUGGCUCCUGUGCGCUGAGGGAUGCCCAGUGGGGCAGGCCAGGUCCAUGUGUCCACAACAGCACCUCUUUCUCAUGCCUGGAGGGACAGACAGACGGAGUCUCCCUCCCCCCCCAGUGUCCACCUUCAGCCAGGCGCCAGCUCCUGCCUCCAGCUCGUGGCCGCCGUCGGUGGGUUUUUAUACAUAAAUAGA